AUCAGUUCAGUUUCAACCACUCGACCGCACAACAAUCCAAUUCAAGAUGUUCAAGUUCUGCGCCCUCGCCCUCGCCUUCGUUGCUCUGGUGGCCUGCGCCUCGGCCAAGCCCGGAAUUGUGGCACCUCUGGCCUACUCCGCACCCCUGGUGGCUGCUGCCCCAGCGGCUGCUGUCUACAGCCGGGAAUAUCACGGCAACUUUGCGGCUCCCUACGUGGCAGCAGCGUCUCCCUACGUGGCAGCAGCCUCUCCCUAUGUGGCAGCAUCUCCGUACGUCGCCUCCCCCUAUGUGGCAUCCCCCUACGUGGCAUCUCCGUACGUCGCCUCGCCCUACGUGGCAUCGCCCUACACCGCUGCCUACAGCGCAGCCCCCGUUCUGCUGAGGAAGUAGAUGCUGCCCCGAAUGGAACCCAUCGCCGACUGACUCGAAUCGAAUUGAAGAAGAAUAUGGAAAAUAUAAAACUCUGACAGA